UCACUUCAAAAUGAUUGAGUGUGUCCAAGUCACAUGGAUCAACCAACCACACACCACACGGCACUCGUGCGUCACACCCACCGCCACCUCACCCGGGCCCGGCCUAGCUAUCGCCUCCUCUUCACGUCACGCACACAGGGCAUCCAACCCUCCACUGAGGCAGGCAGCUAACCGAGCCCUUAGAGGCGGACCAGCACGCACGACACACGCCAACACUCACACGCAUUCCAUGCACAGACACACGCAUCAUCGCCGUCUGCAGAGGGACGGUUGGUUGGUCGAUGGUGGAUGGCCUGGCGCGUGAGGCACCCCUCCUUGGCUGGCCGGCUGCAUGCCUCGCCUCACUUGGCCUUCGCCGCCUCCUUCUUGGCUGCUGCGGCCUUCUGGUCGUGCUCCUCCCUCUUGUGCUCCUUCUUGGCCUUCUUCCACGCAUCCAACACCUCCUGCAGCGCACCAUCAUACCCACACCACACACACCACACGAGACGAACGAAGUGAGGUGGAUGGCCUGGCCUGCUCUUCUGUGUGAUCGGCCGAUUCGAUAGGCGUAUGUGUGUUCAGUGAGUACCCUACGAACGUACCUUAUAUUUGGCGGCCGCCUCGCGCGACUUCUUGACCUUGGCGAUCUUGUCCUCCUGACAUCACACACACCAUACGCACCGCAAGACUCGACUUCAAGGGCCUAGCCCUCCCCGUGUGACCCACCUGUCGCUUCUUCUUGCGGUAGAUCCUGGUGGAGGUGAUGAGCCGCUGGAUCUUGGGUGCCUUGUCGCCCUUGCGGCCCUCGAUGGUCCGGCGGAUGACGUGCGGCCGCACGUCCUCGUCCUUGGCCAGCGCAAAGAGCUUGCGGAUCUUGUUGGCGCGCUUGGGACCCAGGCGGCGGGGCUGGUUGCCGUCGGUGAGGCCGGGGAUGUCGUUGUCGCCCUGCUUGACCACGGUGAGGGCGAGGACACCGAUGUCGGGUCCCACGAUGCAGCCGCGGACGGACUUGCGCUUGAACUGCCCUUUGCGCCUGGGGCGGAAGCAGGGCAUGCCCUCCUUGAAGAGCAGGCGGACUCGUGUGUUGGUGAGGACGCCCUGCAUCAUGGGGAAGCCCUGCUUGUCGUUGCCGCCGGUGAUGCGGAAGAUGUAGCCCUUGAACUCGUCACCCAAACUGUCGCCAGGCACCUCAGCAGCCAUGCGCUGACACACACAACACACACACACACACAGACACACAGAUCUGGCUGGUGAGGGGGAUCUCUCUGUGUGUGGUGUGGUGUGCUGUGGUCUGUGUGUCAGCCGUACCUUGUCGAAGAAGGGCAGGAGCUUCCUGUCAUCCUCGACCUCCACCGUCUUCUGCUGACCAUUGGCGGGGUUCGCGAUGUUGACUGAUAGCGCACACACACACACACAGAAGCAGCAAACCGCAGACCAACGACGAGAUGAUGAUCAGUGCGACGGCGGCAUCAGGCAACCAAGUAGGGCAGCCACGUGUCGUGUGACCUGUCACUUCGCCUCUCUGUGACCUCCCCACAGAACAGCAACCUUCCCCAUCUGUCUGCGAGUGCCUGACUCGUGCGUCUGUGUGGAUCACGCCAUAUCUGCCCUUCCCAUGGUGUCCCCCGUCUGCUUACUCUUCAUCGUCGCCCGCGGAGGCCUCUUUCAAAAGGAAAG